AUGUACAGAAAUGAGGUCUAUGGUCAUAUUCCAAAUGCUCAAUAUGAUGAUGCCACGUUUGAAAGAUUGUGGCAAGAUAUUUCGAAACCUUUGAUCAAGUUAUUAGUUAUUCGUAGCGAUAUUGAUGAAUUAAAGGUGACUCCUCUCAGCUCUGAGGAAGAAAGUUAUGUUGAGAAGUUAAAGGAAUGGAAAGAACUAGAAGAUGGUCUUUUGGAAAAAAAUGAUGAUGUGGAAAGAAAAAUUAACGAUAUGGCAAAAGAAUUUAUGAAGCUGCGAGAUACAGUGGCCACUUCAAAUCUCUCGAAAGUCGACCAACUUGCCAAGUUUGACUUCACCGGAAAGAUUGACGGUCUGUGUAAAAGAUUUCAAGAUAGUGCAAGAAAAUGGUUCUUUGAUGAGUUGUCAAGUUGGUUUACUGAUGAAGAAUCUGGAGUUAUGAUCCUGACUGCAGGUCCCGGCGUCGGGAAGAGCGUCUUGUCUGCAAAGGUUUGUGAGCUGUUCAAACAAUGUGGUCAACUCGCCGCAUACCAUUUCUGUGACUUUAGAAAAUCCGAUUAUACCAAACCUUCAAGUAUUCUCCAGUCGCUUGCAAGUCAAAUGUGCGAUAAUGUUGAAGGAUUUCGUGAUAAACUAAUUGAGAUUCUUGGCCAUGAAAAUUCUCGAAACUCGCUAUCGGACGCAUUUCGUGUUCUUUUACACGAUCCACUACAUGCCCUUCACAGACGUAAGCCAAUGUUGAUCGUUGUGGAUGCUUUGGACGAAAGCAAAACUGAUGACAAAAGUGAGUUUUUGGAGUUGAUAUCCGAUGAAUUUCCUGAACUGCCAAAAUGGAUGAAGAUACUCAUUACGAGUAGACCAGAGCUGCAAGUAAAAAAGAAACUUGAACAUUUCAAUCCUGUGGAAAUCCAUCCUGAUGACUACGAUCACGAGCAGGACCUAAAGCAUUUUUUUCGUGGUAGUUUGCCCAACCUAAGUGAAGAUAACAUAAUUGCGCUAGUCCGAAAUUGUGAGGGAUCCUUUUUGUACGCUUACUACCUGGUGAAAGAGUUAAAGGAAAUGAAUUUCGUAGACGAGGCCAACAUAAGUGAUUAUGCCCCCAAAGGAAUUUCUGGGUUCUACGAAAAACAGUUCAAGCACUUGAGAGCAGGCCUCCAAGGUUUUAAACCAAAUAUUUUGAAGGGUUUUGUUAAUAUUGUUUCUGCAUCAAAGGCACCUCUUCCAAUUAAGAUUCUUUUUGAAUGCAUAUAUUUGUCGGAUGAGGAGUAUGAAAUACGUAACGCAAUUAGCAAUAUAAUAUCUGAAAUUCUUCCAGUUUACAACGAUUGUUUAACUGUCUAUCAUAAGUCGUUGACGGAUUGGUUGACGUUAGACGGGUAUGAGGAGCAUGCAUUUGCAGCAGAUAUUGCUGAGGGAACUAAAUGUCUCUGGCAGGCUUGUAAGAGAAUAUACAGAGAGAUAGAUUUUCAGAAAACUGUUUCCGAUUUUGAAUUAACUCGUGAAAGAGAAUAUGCUUUGGAGAAUGGCGGGGAAUAUUUGGUGUUUGUUGGUGACACAGAAGAUUUUCAUUGGUUGGUGCAUGUCAGGCUAAAUGCUUUAAAACUUGAGUUUUGCGAUAAUUUUAAUGUUGAUUUUUGCCGUAUUCUCAGGAUGUAUAAAACUAUACUUACUGAGCAACUUUAUUUGAGCAUUGUCCAACAUUAUUAUAUCUCGAAGAUUUUCAGGAGCAUGAGCAUCCUUGAAUCUGAAUAUCUAACGUUUCGUUUCGUUUACUUGCAAUCAAUUGCUAACGGGUAUUUUGAUUUUCUGAAAAAAAGUAUUGGUUGUAAAAGUAGUGCUAGACAUGUCUUGGAUGAAGCAGUUGAGAUGUGGUUGGAGAAAGUGACCAAUGUAAACGGUUCUGAUUAUAGAAUUAUUUCCAAUGCCGUAUUUUCAGAUAAAUUACGUCACAUCGUGUCCUCACCAGACAAUAAGCUACUGGUUUGCUUAUACUUAAACUUGAAAGUAGCAGUCUUUGAAUUACCAAGUCUUACAAUAAUUUUUGAGCUUGAAUUAAAGCAAGCGGAAUUAAGUCAAAAGGAUUACAUGCAUCAUUCAAUUCUUACAUUUUCUCCAGAUUCAUCAUAUUUUCUAUGCAAUUCAAUUAGGUCUUGCGUCUGUAUUAGAAAAAGAAAAGAAGAGAGCUUUAUCCCACAUGGCCCUGCAAAUAUCGAAUCCUGUUCAUUUUCUUCAUGUGGAUUAAAACUUAUUACAGUAGAAAAAAGUUUAGGUGGAGUGUACAAUAGCAUUGUUAAAGUGUGGGAUGUGAAAAAGAAAGAUGUGUUAGUACAAGUUGAGAUGACUUCACCCGUUGCUGUUAGCUAUUGUUGUUUUAGUAGCUGUAACGCGUAUAUUUUUGGAAUCAGAAGAUAUGAAUGUUAUUUGUUUAUUUGGGAUUCAGCAACGUUAAAAGAAUUGGGAAUUAAGCGGUUAUGCUCUGAUACUUGCUUUACAGAUAAAGAUAAGUAUCAAACUUUUCCACGAGAAAUUCCGCUUAAACACACAUUUAUUGAGCGUUGCCAUUUCCACUUGCCGAGUGGCGAAAUAAUUUGCGUAAUACCUGCUAGUUGUUGUACAAAGUCAUUUACAUGGAAAAAUAGAAAGUGUGUAGCUUUCUCGAUCCCUUCUUCCACUUUGGUAGUGUAUGACUUUAUCAACCAAGACGUUAUUGAUAGGUUUAAGAUCGAUUGUUUGCCUUGUGGCACUCGUAUAAAUUGCUUAUCGAAAUUAAAUGCGACAAAUUUCCUUGUUUGCCUUGAUUCAAUACUUGUAGUUAUUCUGUCAUUUACAACUACUGAAGAAUCUUCUGUUGCAGAUUUCGUGAACAGUGUUGUUAAAUGUUGUACGGUAUCUCCAGACAAUUUGUAUAUCGCUUGCUGUUACGAAAACUGUAUUUUGACAAUCAUGAGUGUCAAUAAUGGAGAAACAUUGCAAAAUGUUGUACUGCAACAUCCACCGGAAGCUUGCUGGUGGUCAGAGUCGUAUCUUUGGGUGGUUUGUAGAGGUGUAGUCGUUAAAUAUUCUUAUGACUCGACAAACACGACAGUCUUGGGAAACAAUCUCAAGGAAUGCGAUAUAAAUUUUCACACGGUCCUGAAAUUUGCAGAAGGUGUUCUUGUCGUCUCCCUCAAUAAGGAAAGAGAAAUUUCUAUUUUUAAAAUUUGUAACGAAAAGCUCUGUUCUCAGCAAUGUCCUAAAUCAAUAUUUGCCAGUUCUGUAGCAAUAAGUUCAGAUCGGUGUGCUGUUCUGUUAUAUCGCUGGGCGUUUUCAAGUUAUCAACUAUGGGAAGCGGGAUGUGAGAACAGGUGGGAAUUGCAUUCCGCUGGAAAAUUGGAUAAUCUGAAGACUGAGGUGGAUUCGCUGUAUUUAACUGGCUUACAGAACCACCGAAGUUCCCUGUGGCUAAUACAGGACGAUAACGACGACUUUUUCGCCGGGGACUUUUCGUUAGGUCGCAUUGACUUCUCAAUCGGGACACCGUGCUUACAUUCAAUUGCUAGUUUUUGGUCAUUUACUGCAAUAAAGGCUUGCUAUGUGCCGUCUAACUUUGUGCUUAUUUUUUUGCCCAAAUGUUUGCAUGUUGUUAACAUAUCAAAAGGUGCAACCAUUGCGAAG